ACCAGAAGAGUAACUUGACACACUUAGCAGAUCAGUCUUCACUUGACUACACCAGAGGCAGACGUACAGAUCUUUCUUAUUGCAGGUAAAACACGCAUUCCAAGACAAACAUGGAUCCCAAAAAGUUUCCAAUGGAAGUAGGGGAGCCUUUACUUCCACUUCAGCAGGACCCUCCAGAAUACUCUGUUGGAUUCCCUACCUCUCAGAGUUAUCCCAGCGCUCCAGGUCAACCUGCGCAGCAUUAUGUAGCUCCGGCAGCAUCUGUCCAGUACGUACAAGGGCCAAAUCCGGUGCAGACUGUGGUCACUGUGCAGCCUCCAGUUAAUGUGUCCUUCACUCCACUGACCAAUCCAGAGUCAGAUUACCUGUGCUACUCCAUCUUUACCCUGCUGUGCUGCUGCAUGCCUCUGGGAUCCGCUGCUCUUGUUUACUCCAUCACUACUCGGGAUGCUAACAUGUUUGGACACCAACCAAUAGCAAGCAGAAACUCCAGAAUGGCUCGCAUCCUUAACCAUGUCAAUGUUGCUAUUGGCCUCCUCUUCUGGUUGAUCAUUGUCAUCUAUUUCAUUCUUGUUGUCACUGCAAUUACAAACAUUAGAUAUAACAGUAACUAUAGACCAUAUAGACCAUAAGUGUAAGAAAUAGGACACCAGAAAGCUAUAGAUGGUGAGGGGAACAUUAACACAUGUUUUGAAUACACAGGCAUUGGGUGGUCUGCUUUUAGAUGUUAGUGUUGCUCAAGUUAUUGAUAUGAGAGUAUAAGACUCCAAAUGCAUAAGGAGCUUAAUCUAUAGGGCCAGUGAGGAAUGAUUUGUAUAUUUCAUGCAACUCAUCUGCCUUAUUAUUAUUUACACAAUUAAUACACAUGCUUUUUUACACUUUAUUAUUGUAUUUUUAAAACAAUGAAAGCUUUGACUGUACAUGCAUCAUCAAAUAAAACAUGUAUUUUCUUCUUA